CCCCAAUCAUUGCCAAAGUACACACGGCUUCCUGCAUCACCAUGACAACCAUCGUAUUCUUCCGUUCCCUUCCCUUUUCUAGGCAAUAGAUCGUUGGCAAGUGACCGACAGCCUUAUUUUCAAAUCACAGGUAGAGGAGGGGAUUCAAGGUGAGCCACGCCCACUCGCUGGUAGCUUGCCUCUGUGGGGUUUUCUUGCUGAAUGAAAAAGGAAGGCAAGGAGGACAGAUCACCAGAGGGAGGGGAGAACAACCAAUCAACGGUAUUCUACGAAAACAGAGGUGGGACUUAAGGAAAAGAUUGGCGUGAGGGCAGCCAAUGCUGUGAAGCCGCGGUUCCUGCUCCACGUCGGCAUCGGGGCGACCAAGAUGGAGGCGCUGUGCCUGGAGCCAUCUCUCUACACAGUGAAAGCCAUCCACAUCUUGGACAACGACGGAGACCGUCUUUUUGCCAAGUAUUAUGACGAUACCUAUCCUACUGUCAAGGAGCAAAAGGCCUUUGAGAAGAACAUCUUCAAUAAGACCCAUCGGACAGAUAGUGAGAUUGCCCUCCUGGAGGGACUGACGGUUGUAUAUAAGAGCAGCAUCGACCUGUAUUUCUAUGUCAUCGGCAGCUCUUAUGAAAAUGAGCUGAUGUUAAUGGCUGUGCUCAACUGCCUGUUUGACUCACUCAGCCAAAUGCUGCGGAAGAACGUGGAGAAGCGGGCUCUGAUGGAAAACAUGGAGGGGCUUUUCCUGGCAGUGGAUGAGAUUGUGGACGGAGGGGUGAUUCUUGAGAGUGACCCACAGCAGGUGCUCCACAGAGUUGCCGUGCGGGGAGAGGAUGUCCCUCUUACAGAGCAAACAGUCUCACAGGUGCUGCAGUCAGCAAAGGAACAGAUCAAGUGGUCACUACUGCGGUGAGGAGCAACGUGGAACCCAGCGUCCUGACCUACUGUAUCCCCAACCACCAACUCAGAGCCCUUAUUGUCUGUCUCACACUGACCAAAAUAUAACAUGACCAUGGGUUUUGAUGUA